AUGGUGAACUCUUUCUGUAAGAGAGUUUCAUCUUCUAUUCCCAGGAUUCUGAACUGGAGCAACACCAUCGUCACCAAAAAUCCAACCCUUCGAGACUUGAAGGAUAAAAAACAUGCGUCCUGCGAUGAAGAGAGGCAGCAGCUUCAACUUGACGGUCUAUUUCUCGAUGAAUCUAUUGAUGAACGUGGUGUAGCGAAGCAAUCCUUCGAGGGUGGCUCAUCUUCAAAGAAGUCUGAUUCAGCAGAUAUUGAUUGGAUGAAAUCUAAGCUGGAGAUGCUCAGUUCGAAUCAAUCAUCAUUGGCCGAGGACUUCAUUUUGUUGAGGUGUUUUGUUGAUUUUAAUUUCAAAUCCGUAAUGACUGUAAUUAAGGAUAUCCAAGAGAAGGUUAAUGCCAUUCAUCGUCGUCCUUCUGACGAGGGAAAGUCAUCGGAUGAAUUAGUAACUCAAGAUUCUGAUGAUGAUCCUGAUGAUGAUGAUGAUGAUGAUGAUGAUGCCGAGGAUGAUGAGAAGCAAUUGCCUGAUCCAGAAAAUAUUGAUUCCGACUCCGACGAUGGUGGUGAGUUGGUUAAAGUUGGUGGGGAUGCUGAUGAUGCUGACAAGGAUGUUGAGAAGCCGAAGGGCGAUGAGUCUCGAUUGAAGGGGGACGAUUUCUUUGAUGGGUUGAGCCAGCUUGUAAUAGAUGAUGAUCAAGUUGUGUUGGCUGGCUUGGAGGCUGUUGCUAAAAUCAAUGUCCCCGCACCCAAUCCAGAUGUUGUUGGUGAAAAGUCAGAUGCCCUUCAUACUGAUGAAGAAACUGAGGAUACUGUCUCUGAUACACCUCUGUUGGAUAAGAGGAAGCGUGCUCCGGCCUUGAAAUCUCCAUUUGUUGAUUUCGGGUCUGCUGAUGUCGGGAGCACUCCAAUGGAGCUUAUGUCCUCAGGUUCUCAGUCAGUUGGGGAUGAUAGGGAUUUCAAAAUGGUGACUUAUAUGAAGGGCUUUUAUGCUCUUAAUGAUGCUUUUGCUGAUCCCGUAUCUACCGAGAUUGAGGCAAAAUUUGACUCUUGGAUUGGUGAAGGAUUGCUUAAACAUCCCAGGCAUUAUAAUUGUUAUGAAGACGGCGCAAAGAAAUUUACCCCGGGUUUUAGGCUAGAUGUUGAUUAUGUUGAGGAUAAAACUUGGUUUUACCAUUUGGCCACAUGCGACAUGUUUAUGAACGACUCGGUAAAGUUUCCAAUUUAUAUUGUACUUAUGGUAGUUUGUUUUUAG